GCGUACAAACCGCCAGUCUUCCCAAAGUCGGAAGAAGAAAAGUUUUUUAUCAAACGAGCUCUCCUCAAAAGUUUCGUUUUUGAGAACAUGUCGCCUUCCGAACUCUUCCCUCUCAUUCAGGCUUUUGAAAAGGUUCAAAUCCCCGCCGAGGAGGUGAUUAUUAAACAAGGUGAUGAUGGUGAUUAUUUCUAUGUUCUCGAAGAAGGAAUUUGCAUUUACUCUGUGAAUGGCAUCGUUGUCGGUGAGCCCGCCAAACCGGGCGAUUCCUUUGGCGAGCUAGCGUUAAUGUAUACGUGCCCUCGUGCCGCGACCGUGAUGACUACGACAGCCGCUACGCUCUUUCGUGUUGAUCAAAGAUCCUUCCGUUAUAUUCUGCAAGCUCAAUCGAAACAAAGCGCCAAAGCAAAAAUCGAUUUUCUGAACAAGGUUUCAUUUCUCCAAGAUUUAGCGCCACAAGACAUACAGAAGCUUUCGACGGUCAUGCUGUCGUGUCCUUUUAAGCAGGGUGACGUUAUUGUGACCAAAGGGGGUGAGAGGGUUGCAUUCUAUAUAGUGGAGGAGGGAACAUUGAUAGCAACAGACGUCGGUGAUGGCGAUUCAAAGUACGAGGACUUGCCCAUCAAAGCGGGUGAGCACUUCGGAGAGCGGGCUAUUGUUACAGGAAAGCCACCGGUCUGCAAUAUCGUUGCCCAAACAGAUGGUCGACUGUUCACCAUUGACAAGGAUACGUUUUCCCAGGUUCUCGGAAAUUUGGAUGACUUGGUUUUGCGUUCGCUGGAUAAA